GAGCCGCACAGAGCGAGCCACCCAGAGCGCCGCAGCCAGCGCGGAGGAGGCAGAGGAGAGGCGAGGAAGAGGAGGCAGGGGAGAGAUGGUGGCGAUGAGCGCGGAGGAGAUGGAGGAGGAGCGGCGGCUGGACGAGCGGCCGAUGCACCAGGGAUGCAUGGCGGGGUUCCUGCACCUGUUUGAACGGCCCCAGAUCCUCUCCGGCAGGCGGCUGCAUCACGCGCCGCGCCGCCUCAUGUCGGCGUCCAGUGGGUCGGCGACGCCGUCGGAGAGGUCGAUGCCGCUGGACCGGGCGACGCCGGUGCCGUCGUCGCCGGACAUGACACCGCCGGCCGCGCCGAGGCCGUCCCUGCAGCUGCCGCCGCUGCACCUGAAGGAUGGUGGCGCCGGCGGGGUGGGCGCCGCGCCGUCGUGGAGGCUGCCGCGGCUGUCGCUGGACAGCCGCGCAGUGGUGGACGCCAGGGGGAAGCUCCGGCCGCGCGAGAUCCGGACGUCGUCGCCCGCCGGCGCGCCGCCGUCGCCGUCCGCGGGGGGCGACGAGCGGCGGUCGCCUAGCGUCGUCGCGCGGCUCAUGGGCCUCGACGCGCUGCCGCACGGCCAGGCGGGGGACGGCCAGCACGGCACUUCCGGUGCGGGUGAGCUCCGGCGGUCCGCUUCGGAGCGCGUGCCACGGGACCCGUCGCACUUCCGGUUUGUGGACCCAUCCUUCUUCGAAAGGCCGGCGUCGCCGCAGCCGCAGCAGAGGCCGCCGGCGUCGUCCCCAGCGACGGAGGCUGCAAUGCGGCGGGCGCCGGAUCCGGCCUGCACCCGCUCUUUCCAGAGGCGCAGCCGCUUCGACGCGCACGAGGUGUUCCCGGAGCCGGCGAAGCGCGUCGACCCCGCCAACGGCCACGGCGAGAUCGCGCUAUACGGCGAGAUCGAGCGGCGGCUCCGCAAGCGCGGCAUCGCCGAGCCGGCCAGGGAUCUCGAGACGCUCAAACAAAUCUUGGAGGCGCUGCAGCUCAAAGGUCUCCUCCACCACACCCCUCCGCCGGCGCCCGUCCAAACUCCUCCGCCUCCCAUCGUCGUCAUGCGCCCGUUCCACCGGGCGCCGGCCCCGGCGGCGGCGCGGACGACGCCCUCGCGGCGGCUCCGCGUUGACGUCGACCGUGCGCGCCGCCCGCGGUCACCGGAUCCGUCUGCGUCAGCCGCGCGGAGCCCGGCCUCCCCGGCGAGACGCGGCCCGCAGUCCCCGCAACGGCGCGUCUCGCCGGCUCAGUCGCCAAAGUACCAGCUUUUCAGGAAGGCAAGCACCGCCGAUGCAACCGGCGUCCGGUCCCGCAUCACCGGCCGCGCGGCUCACAACACCGCCGCGCUAUCUCCUGACGACGAGGCCUCCACCACCUUCUCCGACGGCGGCAGCAGCAGCUCCUUCAGCGCCUCCUCCCGCUGGGACUUCGAGCCGCCGGUGCGUGGCGACGACCCCAAGACGGACCGAUGCCUGCUAGAGCGGUGCGGCAAGCUCCUGAGCAGCAUCCAGGCGUUCACCUCCGGCGACGCGGCGGCGGCCGACCAGCAGCCGAGCCCGGUGUCCGUGCUAGACGCGGUGUCCUUCCUCGCCGACGUGGACUCGCCGUCGCCGUCGUCGUCGUCGGGCUCGAAACGAGCAAUCGACUUCAGCCGCGCCCCAAGCCGGAAGCCAGCCACGGUGCCGGACCCCGAGGAUGACGAGUGGGUCCUGGGCUCGUGGUCCGUGGGCCCAGAGGCGAGCGACCCGGACUACGCCUACGUGGCGGAGCUCGUCCGAUUGCUCCACCGCAAGCGAGACCCCGGCGACGUGGACAAUUCCCUGGAGCAGAACUGCCAGCGUGGCGACGACACGUGGCACCACCGGAGGCUGCUCUGCGGCGCGGUGGCCGAGGCGCUGGACCGGCAGCGGUCCGCGUGCCCCUGGGAGCCCGCGGCGUGGCUCCACGGCGCCGAGCUUGUCGACCACGUCUGGGCCGAGGUCCGUCGCGCCCGCGAGCCCGUGGCGCCGGCGGAGGACCUGAACGACAUCACUUGCAACGCCAUCUGGCGCGACCUGUCCGCAGACGACCGUUGGGCGCCGCGGCUGCAGCGUCCCGGCGCGGAGGUGGCCGACGCGGUGCUGCAGAUCGAGCGGCUGGUGUUCAAGGACCUCGUCGCCGACACCAUCCGCGAGCUCGCCGACGCGGAUCGCCUCCUGCCACGCCGGAAGCUCGUCUUCUAAUCCGUCACAAACACUGGUGCAGGAAGAGGACAAUGGCAAAAAAAUAUAUUAAUAAUGGAGUUUUUAACUUUUACAAUUCCGGUCUCUUGUACUGUUUCUGCCAUUAGUGAGUGAUGUAAAAUGAAAUUACCACUAGUAUUACUGCUAAUUACUCCCUAGAACUAGAUGUAAUGUGAUGUUCUUGGUGAUGAGAUGGCGCAGUUUUAAGCCCCUCAAAUGAAUGGAUUUUUACUUCGCUA